AUGACCAGUUCUCAGACCGUCGCUGUGGACUACAAGGCGCUCCCCAAAAUUGAGCUCCACACCCACCUCAGCGACAGCAUCAGCCGACAAUGCCUCCACGAGAUCUGGCUCAUUAAGAAAGGCGCGGGGGAGACCAGUCUGCAAGACCCCCUCGUCGAGAUGCCCCUAGGGAAACACGACUAUGACCUGAAGACGCACGCACGACUCUCUUCCCCCCUCUUCUCCUCGUACAUCUACAACCUCAUCAACGACGUGGCGACCCUGCGCUACGCCACACUCUCCGUGCUCCGGGACUUCGCUGCUGACGGGGUAGUGUACCUCGAACUGCGCACCACACCCCGCGCUAUGCCGGGCACAGGGCUGACGGAGGCUGAUUACGUCCAGACCAUUCUGGACGCCAUCGAAGAGUUUGACGUCCCAGGUGCUUUCGCUCGCCAAACGCUUCCUCGGCCGCGGCGUUGUCGGCAUCGACCUCUGCGACAACCCGGCCGCUGGAUCCGGCGCUGGGUCCCCAUCUUCGAAGAGGCGAGGCGCAUUCCGGGACUGGGCAUGACGCUGCAUUUUGCCGAGGCCGAGUGUUCCGCCACGGAUGCGGAGCUCGACAUGCUGCUGGGCUGGCGGCCGGAUCGGAUCGGGCACGUCAUCCAUGUGAGUGACAGGGUGAAGAAGAACAUCGUCCGGCGGUCGGGACUCGCGUUGGAGCUGUGUCUGAGCUGCAAUGUCCAUGCCGGGAUGAUCCAUGGCGGGUUUGAGAGCCAGUAUUCACUUUGGGGAGUGGUGGAAGCCGAGAAGACGGUGGUCGUGCUGAGUACGGACGAUGUAGGCGUUUUCGGCAGCCCUCUGUCGAACGAGUACGCCCUCGUAGCCCGGCACUUCGGGCUCAAUUGAGCAGAGAUCUGCGCUUUCGUAAGGAAAGGCGUGGACGUCAUUCUCGGGGGGAAGAGCACGAGAAGAGACUGAGGGCCAUUCUCUGGAGCGAGUAGAAAGGCAAUCCGAUCGGGUUACGCGGAAGCACGGUUGUGGUACCUGGCCGUCAGGGUUCCUCUUUUCCAUGACGAAAAAACCUGGCUACCAUGAGCUGCACGAUAUCCGGUCAUACAUAUACCAUCUAGUCAGCGGCACUGGCUCAGAGGGGGGAGGGUGAGUAUAAUAGAAUAGAGCAGCACGUGAAGGGAACUGGUAAACGGCAAUGGAAAAGUGAGGCACCAGUGGCCAUCCGGGAAUACGGGCACUUAGAUCGGACUGCACUGAAGGGUGACGGGAACAACGCAUUAGCGGCCUGCCGUAUAACAGGGUUACU